GGCGGGAGAUCUUCUGGGAUUCGUCUUUGGAGCAGUGGAUUGGGGAAACCGAUCACAGAUCAUGCGCGAACUUACGAUCGUGAUCGCGCGAUUGGCCGACGAACUCCCUCUCGACAUCGUCUCUCAGAGCGACGGAGAACCCGUGCCACAUACCCUCUCAAGAACUCUCGCCCCGAGCCUCCAGUGGUCGGCCUGUAUCGAGGAGCACUGGGCGGACGACCGUUUCCCCUCCCGUAGCGAGUACCUGGACGUCCACAGCCUGACUUAUCCCCGCUUCUUUCGGCAACCAACGGCGUUCGAGUGGACGCCGCUGAGAGCAGAAGAGGAGGCCGAAGAGGAAUCGGAAGGAGAAUUGAGGAGAGAGGCAGGGGAAGCAGCGGCCCAGUUGGCCGAGGAUGAGGAAGAAGAGCGCGAAGCAGGAGAAGAGUCGGCGGAAGCUGAAGAAGAAGAAGAAGAAGAAGAAGAAGAAGAAGAAGAAGACGCAGAGGAGGAGACUUUGGAGGAAGAGGAAGAGGCCUAUAGCGAAUACAGCAAGGGCGAGCAAAGUGAGGAGGAGGAGGAAGACGACGAAGAAGUGGAAAGCAGGAACGACCAGGGGCCAACGCACGACGAGCUCGAGUGGGUGCCAGGACCGGAUCGGCGAGAGGAGAACCCAGAGGCUGCUGCGCAGCGCAAGAAAAAGAUCGCGGAAGGAAAGCGGUUGGCGAUCGAUCUCGCACCGAACGAUCCUUUCAAGGAUCCCGAGCCGCCCAAGCCGGAACAUGGGGACCUUGCUGCCACGACCUCGGGAGCCGCGACGACAAGGCGCCGAUCCCGAUCCCGAUCCACGUCCCCCUCCGCCUCCGCCCAUCCCCCAAUUCGUCAACGUGUCAAUGAGGGGCUUAGCCCUUCGUCCCCGAUCCAUAUACCACCAUCCCUUUAGCUAUCUCUCUUUCAAUCAGUAUUUCCAUCGCGUCGUCUACCCCCGUAAUCCCUUCCCCAUCGCCACCUUCCGA